AUGGCCAUUCAGGUCGGAGCCUGCAGAGUCUGCGCCGAGGGCACCAACACGUUCCUCGCCAAAAACAAGAGCAUCUACGCCUACAGCUCGGCGAUCGGGCACAAUGGCAACACCACCUUCACCAUCAAUAUCGCCGGCGACCCACGCACAGCCAAGUACAAGUCACUCUUUUCCCACGGCCUGGGAGAAGUGCAAGGAAUUUGGAGUUCCCGUACCACCUCACCCAAGCAGGGAGCGCAACAUCAUCUACUGCUCUAA